GUAUUUCCUGCUCCUCCCCAGCUCCCUCACUGGCAGGGUUACCACACUGCUCACCUGUGAAGCAAUCUUUCCCAGGGACAACCACGAGUCUAGCAAGGGACAGCCUAUAAAUGCUGGGCUUCACUGCUCCUGCCAGACUCUGUAGCUCUUUAGCUUUGAGAAACAAGAAGAUGGCCACCAAAACACCAUCUCUGCUGGAGCGCAGCAUAGAAACCAUCAUCAACAUCUUCCACAAGUACUCUGUGGAGGGAGGACACCCAGAUACUCUGAGCCAGGGUGAAUUCAAAAAGCUGGUGAAAACCGAUCUGGCAAACUUUCUGAAGAAGGAGAAAAGGAAGGACGAACUCAUAAAUGACAUCAUGGAGGACCUGGACACAGACCUGAACAAGCAGCUGAGCUUUGAGGAGUUUGUGAUCCUGAUGGCAAAGAUGGUCCAUGCCACCCAUGAGAAGAUGCACGAACAUAACUCACGUGGGCAUAACCACAGCCACGGUUCAGGCCUUGGGAAGUAAUUAGGAGAUCAGCCACUUUGCAUCUGCCCAACCAAGGCGAAAGGAAAUGUUACCAAAUGGCCUUGGUUGUGGGGCUGGGAAAUGAUUAAAAAAAAAUAAAGUCUUUAUCCAUCCAA